AUGGUGCUCGGCAGCUUUCUCCACAACAGCUCCAAGCGGCGAAGUGGCGGCAGCGAUGCCUCCCGGGAGCAGCGGCCGGUCUCAUCGUCCAGCAUGAAGCGGCCGUCGGCCGGUCGAAACGGUAGCCGUAGCCGCAGCCGUGGCCGAAACCGCGACCGAAGCCACAGCCGCGGCCGCAGCCAGGCCAAAGACGGUGGCUCGCUCUUGCGACCCGAAGUCACAACGGACGCUGUUGGUGGCAGCUCUGCCGCUUCGUCCACCACGCGUACGGCUUCUGCCGGUGCACCCGAAUAUAUCUCUGACGAGGCGCAUCUGGCACCGCUUGGCUCCGAGGCGCCGGAUCUGCGCGAGCUCAACAGCAGCCUCGCCGCUCUGGCCGUCGUCUUUCCGGAUGUGCAGGUUGAGGUGUUCCGCGAGAUGCUGGCUAACUUUGACGGCGAGUCUCGGUUGGCCCUGGUAGCCGAUGCGCUGCUCAAGAACCGCGUGACCUGGGUCAAGGGCCGCUGGCGUGUGGCGGCUGAUGUGCGGACAGCAGCAACUUCGGCCUCUUCAACCUCUUCGACCUCCUCAGCUUCCUCAGCUGUCUCAUCUUCUUCCGCUCCUCCUAGCUUUUCCCCCGUGGCGCCUGCCGAACGCUUCCGCAGUCCCGAGUACAAAAAGGCAGCUAUGGCGCUGGCCUAUCACGAGUUUAUGGGCCUCUCGCGGUCGACGAUCAACGCGGUGAUGGCAGAGCAGAACUACGCGUACCUGGACGGCCGCGACGCGUUGGUGCGGAUUUCGGGCAAGUCGUGGCGAUUCGCGCUGUCGUCGCUCUUCCUGCGGCGCAAGGCGGUGACGAGUGCUGAGGCCGAGAACCACCCGCUCAUCGUGUGGAAGUCGUCGGGCCGGGGGUCGAUCCUGCCGACAAUCCGGACGACAGGCAGCGCCGAACUCGACUGCGAAUUGUUUGAGGCGCUGAUCGUACCGCUGCGAGCACAACGCCGGGCAGCUCAGGAGGAUGCUGACCGGGAACUGGCGAGCACGGUCAACAUGGCCGAGGCCGAGGAGGCCGGGGCGACGUACGACUGCGCGUGCUGCUUCGGGACGGCGACGUUUGAGGAGAUGACGACAUGCAGCGGCGACGCGGCCCAUCUGGUGUGCUUCCGCUGCGUGCAGCAUUCUGUGCGCGAGGCCGUCUUUGGCCAAGGCUGGGCCCGCACGAUCGAGACCGACAAGGGCACGCUGCGCUGCACUGCCGUCGACAGCACUGACUGUGCCGGCGUGAUCCCGGCCGACCACCUGCACCGGGCGCUACUGGACGGACCGCGGGGCGGCGACGUGCUGUGCCAUCUGGAGCGACGGCUGGCCGAGCACAGCCUCUUGGGCAGCGGUCUGCCGUUGGUGCGCUGUCCGUUCUGCGCGUACGCCGAGGUGGACGACAUCUACGUGCCAUUUCACGAAGCAUCGCCGCGGGUGCGUGUCGACAACCUGUACAGCCUCGUGUGCCUGAUGCUGCUCUGUGGCGCUACGCCUGUGCUGGUGGUGCCGCUGCUGCUGGUGGCCGUGGUGGCGGCGCUGCUGCCACGCAGCGGUGCGCUGGCCGUGCUGAGCAGGAGCUACGCGGGCGAGCAGCUGACGGCAGCGAUGACGCGCUACCGGCGACGGCGGCGUGGCCAGCAGUUCCGCUGCCAGAACCCGGCAUGCGGCCGUGUAUCCUGUCUGGGUUGCAGCAAGGAAUGGGUGGACGUGCACGUGUGCCACGAGUCGUCCUUGGUGGCUCUCCGGACGCAGGUCGAGCAGGCCAUGAGCAUGGCCAUCAAGCGUGUGUGUCCGCGCUGUCACACGUCCUUUGUCAAGACGGUCGGCUGCAACAAGCUGACUUGUCCAUGUGGCUACAGGAUGUGUUAUGUCUGUCGGCGUGACAUCAGCGGCAAUGACGGCCCUGAUGCCGGAUACCGCCAUUUUUGCGACCAUUUUCGUCCGCAUGGUGACGGCCGUGCCUGUAACCAGUGCCGCAAGUGCAACCUGUGGGAGACCGAGGACACCGAGGCUGUGCUGGCGGCAGCGCGCGAGGAGGCCGAGCGCAAGUGGAUGGAGACGGAGCGACGCGAACUGAGCCAAUCGGAGCGCGCCUUUCUGGAGACCGGCAUUGCGGCCAAGACCACGCCAGCCAGUGCGGCUACCCGGCGGCUCGUCGGCAGCGUGUUAGGCGUUGAGAAGGGCGGGGCUCCUGGCGCUGGAAAUGGUGCUGACAAAGCAGAAUAUGGCGACGGUCACGUGCUGCCGCGAAGUGGUGUCCGACUACCUUCGAUGGCCGAGCUGUUGGACUGGCUGCUGGAGAGCGUGCUUGUAUAG